AUGAGUUGUGAGAUCAACCUUGGACACCCGGGUGGUAAACUGGGUGGUAAACUGGGUGGUAAACUGGGCGGUAAACUGGGUCGUAAACUGGGUCGUAAACUGGGUGGUAACCCGGGUGGUAAACUGGGUCGUAAACUGGGUGGUAAACUGGGUGGUAAACCAGGUGGUAAACUGGGUCUUAAACUGGGCGGUAAACCGGGUGGUAACCUAGGUGGUGGUAAACUGGGUGGUAAACUGGGCGGUAAACUGGGUGGUAAACUGGGCGGUAAACCGGGUGGUAAACUGGGUGGUAAACUAGGUGGUAAACUGGGUCGUAAACUGGGCAGUAAACUAGGUGGUAAACCGGGUGGUAAACUGGGUGGUAAACUGGGUGGUAAACUGGGCAGUAAACUGGGUGGUAAACUGGGUGGUAACCCAGGCAGUAAACUAGGUGGUAAACUGGGUGGUAACCCGGGUGGUAACCUGGGUGGUAAACUGGGUGAUAACCCGUGUGGUAAACUGGGCGGUAAACCGGGUGGUAAACUGGGUGGUAAACUGGGCAGUAAACUGGGCGGUAAACCGGGUGGUAAAAUGGGUGGUAAACUGGGAGGUAAACUGGGCGGUAAACUGGGAGGUAAACUAGGUGGUAAACUGGGUGGUAAACUGGGUGGUAAACUGGGCAGUAACCCGGGUUGUAUCCUGGUCUCUCGUGGAAAGACUACAAUAAAUGAGCAUCUGACCAGGUCACCGGGUGGUAAACUGGGAGGUAAACUGGGCGGUAAACCGGGUGGUAAACUGGGUGGUAAAAUGGGUUGUAAACUGGGAGGUAAACUGGGCGGUAAACUGGGAGGUAAACUAGGUGGUAAACCGGGUGGUAAACUGGGUGGUAAACUGGGCGGUAAACUGGGCAGUAAACUGGGUGGUAAACUGGGUGGUAACCCAGGCAGUAAACUAGGUGGUAAACUGGGUGGUAACCCGGGUGGUAACCUGGGUGGUAAACUGGGUGAUAACCCGUGUGGUAAACUAGGUCGGAAACCUGGGUGGUAA